AUGCUACUCAUCGACUUCAGCUCAGCCUUCACCUCCAAGCUCAUCCUUAGCUCGGAGCCCUGGUGGUGUAAAGAACUUAUCAACAUCAUGCCAAGCCGACUUGAAGGUGCUGCUUACAGUAGAACAGUUUUCGACAACUACUCCGGGAGCGACGGAGACAAACACAAGCUCAACAAGGGAGAGCUGAAACAACUAUUGAACAGUGAACUCCCUUUUCAGAAAGACCCCAUGCUACUGGAGAAGAUCAUGAAAGUUCUGGACUCCAACAAAGACAACGAGGUGGACUUCAAUGAGUAUGUGGUUCUGGUGGCGACCCUGACCGUAGCCUGCAACGACUUCUUCCAGGAGCAGCAGAAAAAGAAAGCCAACUAA